AUGUCUGGAGAAUCAACUCAAAGGUUAGUUGUCGAUAGUAAUGCUGACAGCGGCAGUCGGUUCGGGUCCGUGAAGAAAACACGUAGGUGCGUGGAAUCAAAGUCGUCAAGGUCGCCUUCUUUUUUGAAACUCAUAAGGGAACUACGAGCCAGAUUUCCUAUUGAGAGGCAAAUUAAGGCUGAUUUAGUGAACUACGAUGAGGAUGAUGGUAUAUGUCACGAGACUGGAGAACGUUUAUCGCACUUACACAUCGACCAAGCAAGGUCAGUUCUUGCUAAUAAACAAAAAGGAGUCUCUUUCACACCUCACACACUUGCGAUUUCGGCAUUGACAGAGAGUUCCGUGUCUGAGCUAGAGAAGCUCCUGGAGGAGCAAUCAAUAGAUGUGAAUUUCUCAGAUGAACACGGGGAUACACUUCUACACAAGGCGGCUUUUGAAGGAGAUGUUGAUUGUAUUCGAGUGCUUGUCAAUCACGGAGCAAAUGUGAAUGUAAAGAAUAAGGAUGGCUGGCCACCCGUUCACUGUGCCCUUCGCCAAGGUAAUUUAUCAGCAAUGGUCUAUCUAAUCGAGUGUGGAACCAACAUGGAAGACUAUACCCAGCUCAGGGUCAAUGAAUUUCAAAGUGUAGAGAACAUAUCUAAAACUGUUUCUAAAGGAGAAGAAAUUUUUGUGUAG